AUGGACGAGCAAUUAAUCUUCACUACACAUACAACAGGUUCUAUUGCCAAUAUUCACUCUUUUGAACAAAACAGUUUAAGACAAUGUAGUGUGAAUUCCAAACAUAGUGGUGUUAUUGUGGGGACUCGUUAUUUGUUUAUUGCACAGGCCAAAAAGGCAUUAAUUAAUGUUUAUAAUAUAUCUGGUGGCCAUAAGAGAGAAUCCGUGGAACAAAGAUUACCUAUCCCUGAGGCAGUUAAUUGUUUAGAAGUAGUCGAUAACAACACUUUACAUGGUUCUUCCGGAAACGUAAGUCAUAAGUUAGCACCCUUCAAUUUGCCAUAUUUAUUACUAGCAUCUACCGAAUCUGGGAGAUUAUAUAUCUGGGAAUUAAAUUCUGGGUUACUAUUAAAUGUGAAACCUAUGGCCCAUUAUCAAAGAAUCACCAAGAUCCAAUCAAUUCUAAAUGGGAAAUAUGUCAUUACUAGUGGUAAAGAUUCUCGUGUUAUAAUAUGGCAAACUAGUGAUUUAAUUACAAUGGAAGAUGCAAAACCAAUAUCAAUUAUUCAUGAUCAUACUUUGCCUGUCACUGAUUUCCAAGUGAGUAAUGCAACGGGUGAGAAUUUGAUUACAUCUGGUAUCAAAUUAUUUACUACCUCAGAAGAUGGUACAAUUAGAUGCUAUAGUUUAGAAGUAGACCCAAGUAUUGGGAUAGGUAAAAAAAUAAACAAUGGAUCUUCCAUUUCUAUGACUUCUGCAUAUGAUCAGAUGAUAACCCCUACUUUGCUGGCCACUUUCACAUUUUCCCAUGGUAUAGAGACCCUUUCACUAGAUCCAGCAGACAGAGUAUGUUAUUUUGGUACAAAAGUGGGUUGUUUUGCAUUGUCGUUAUACUACCAAUUAAAUAGGAAUCAAAUAAUAAAUCUUUUACAAGCUUGUAAUAAAGGGAAACUAUAUUCAUUAACUGAUUCAACAACGGUAACUGAUACCCAUAAAAUCGAAGAUGAAAAAAAUUCUUUAUAUAAUAUGGGUCAAUUGGUUAUAACCAAAUUAUUGGAUUGUGACGUUAGUGCUCUAAAGAUCAAUAUGGAUGGUACCAUAUUGUUGGUGGGCGAUAAAUUAGGUAAAGUAUUUGUUACAGAGAUACAUUCUAGACAAAUUUUGAAGACUUUACAACCUCUGAGUACAUCACACGAUGCACAUGGAAACGUCACUAAUAUAAUAACAUAUUGCUAUACUACAGAUUCUAGAGAUAAAUUGGAUAUUGCAGGUUCUACAAAUAAUAGCAACGGUAAUAAUACUAAUAAUGGUCAUCAUCACAAUAAUAGUAACUCAAUUCAGAAGAUUCCAAAUUUACAAAGAUCUAUAUACGACAAGAGCCAGUUAGAUGAUUACCAUGAUGUAUGGUAUCAAAUUGGAGAAGAAAUAAAUGAAAGACAAGACUACAUUAUCAACCCAUUAUCUGAUUUGAGGGGAUAUAUGACUAAAUUAUCUGAACAAGAAACAAUUUUUGCUACUUCAAAUGGUAAUAAUAAUAAUACUAGUAUGACUAUAAAUACUGAUGUUGGUAAAAACAAGGAGACAAGUACUGACCAAGUCUCGCAAUUAAAAGAACAAAUUAAGACCUUGACUGAUGCAUAUGUUGAAUUAAGACAACUUCAUGAGAAAUUGUACGAAGAUCACCAACAACUAUUAAAUCAACACAGCAAAUAG